AGUACUCUGUGUGUGUUUCCACGACAAUUCCUGGUGCCGUGACUCGGAUCCAGAACACAGGCUGAGGAAGGAGGACCGCAGGCUACCCCCCCCCCCGAACCCUGAGGCGCCAAACUUGAGAGGUCCAAGAAGCCUUACCUCAACCACCGGAUGUUCCCUGUCACAACCUCGAACCAGGGGAUUGGAUCUACGUAAAGAUCUAUCAACGGAAAAACGCACUUCAACCCAGAUGGAAAGGACCUUUCCAGGUACUUCUAACCACUAAUUCUGCUGUUCGUUGCCAAGGUCACCAAAUGUGGACUCACGCCUCGCACUGCAAGAAGGUAUCACCUCCAUUGGACCCCGAAGCAGCUGUAUUCCAACCAAGGUUGGGAUCUUUCCCUGAGGCCAAGGACAAAGACCCUCAGGACCUCACUCAGGCAAGUGAGGAGCAUCAGGGUGCAAGUGCUAGUAACCUCUCCCCUGAACCCAACACCUCAGCCCAGCCGGAUUCAUCAGUUGAAGAACGAAGAUAUCUUCGGCCUCGAAGAAAGUGAAUGCUCCCAUUCGGAAGAUCACCACCUCGAUCAAGACCAAGAGCCGACAUUAUCAGUCCUUUAGGUAACUUAAGCCCAGAGGACGAAGAAAGACUUUGGCUGCCAUCCUGGGUUUGGCUGGUAGUGUUCUUUUUCUUACUGGUGCUGGUUAUGUUUGUUAUUAAGAUUCUUUAUCCCUCCUGUAUCUAAAAAUGGCACUGAUGUCCUUAUAUAUCACACUUGGGUAUCUCAGUAUCACCCAAGGGGGGUGGGAGAAAAAUUUGUAUUUGCAGAUCUCCCAUGCGGUAGCUCAAGCUGGAAAUAAAAGUGACUGCUGGAUAUGCUCUCACAGCCCAGCACACCUACACCAAGGAAUCCCAAUGAUCGGAGUACCAAUAUCCCUCCAGCAAUGGGGAAAAAUAAACGGCGGCUUCGUUAGACACUACUCGUUAGCUGCCCAUCGGUCCGCUCCUAAAGAAUGGAGGGCCACCCCUGCUAACUGGAUAAUCUCCCCAAGAGUAGAGGCGCCUUUCUGUUACAGAUCCAACAACACAGGAGCUUAUAAUAAAGCCACACCUGUAGGACACUACCCUCAUUGCCUAACUACUCUAGAUUAUAGCCCUAGUAGCACCAGUGGAAUCCUGUUGGGUAACGUACCCUCUCUCAAUUAUACAGGAUUCAUGGUCUACAACUUUUCUAAGGAACCUCAUGUUGCUCUCAUUGCAAACAGAUCGGAAUUUUACAUUCACUCCAAUUUUACUUCUUAUAAUAUAUCUCGGUACAGCAGGAUAGCAGCUGAACGUGGACCGUCCUAUACGAUGCAUAUCAAUCAAAAGUGCCGGAUAGGGCACAACAACUGUCGAGAUUUGAGUACCCUUUCUGCCCCAGGCCUUUACUGGCUCUGCGGAAACAGGGCUCAUAAAAUCUUGCCCUGGAAUUGGGUGGGGGCAUGCACUCUUGGACGUGUUAUCCCUGGUUUCGAAAUGCAUAGUGCAAUAUAUCUGGAACAAGUAAAAAAUUUCAACCAUCACAUGAAAAGGGCAGUUAACCCCUUAGCUACCAGAAACACAGGGUUCCAUCGAUUUGUGAGAACCUUCAUACCGUGGCUUGGAGUAAGAGAAUUGGAACUAGCCAUAAUUAACAUUUCAGCCACAAUGGAAGCUAUGGGAAAUGCCACUGCGGAUGCAAUUCAGGCUCUGCAAAAAGAGAUCUCCCAGAUCUCACAAGUAACUAUACAACACCGCAUAGCCCUAGAUUACCUAUUGGUAUCCCAGGGAGGAGUACGUGCCUUAGUAAACUCCACCUGUUGUGUCUAUAUCAAUCAGGACAUGCGAAUCGAAACUGACAUUCGCAAAAUCUGAAAUCAGUUAAGGGUCCUACAUCAAGUGGCCUCAGAAAAUACUGACUGGGGUCUAGAAGA